AUGGAAAUGGAAAAGAAAGAGAAGGAGAGGCGGAGAGGGAGAAGAGGGUCAAGAAGGAAAUGGAAAAGAAAGAGAAGCAGAGGCGGAGAGGGUCAAGAAGGAAGAGGAAACGAAAGGGAAGGAGAGGUAGAGAGGGUCAAGAAGGAAAUGGAAAAGAAAGAGAAGCAGAGGCGGAGAGGGUCAAGAAGGAAGAGGAAACGAAAGGGAAGGAGAGGCAGAGAGGGAGAAGAGGGUCAAGAAGGAAAUGGAAAAGAAAGAGAAGGAGAGGGAGAAGAGGGUCAAGAAGGAAAUGGAAAAGAAGGAGAGGCUGAGAGGGAGAAGAGGGUCAAGAAGGAAAUGGAAAAGAAGGAGAGGCUGAGAGGGAGAAGAGGGUCAAGAAGGAAAUGGAAAAGAAGGAGAGGCUGA